UUAGCUUUGGGUUGGGAGAUUAAAUUGGGCCACGACUGGAAAAGGCUGAAUGAAUACAAGAGAGAGACCGACGAGCACCUCGACACUGUGAACAAAGGGAAUCCCAUUACCAAAUCGUUUGUGGACGAAGAAGCCGAGCGAUUCUGCUAUCAGCCAUAGGUUCAGGAUUAUAGAAAACUGCUUGACAAUGUCCGAAGAGCCCAGCUCCGGGCUUAGGCUUAAGAAGAAACUCAAACUUGCAGUUGGAAAAUCUAGGAGUUCGAAAAACUUUGAUAGAAGCACAGGAGAUAGUGUUGAAAAAGCUGUUCGGAAGGGAAAACUGAGGCCUGCGAUUGAUAAUGUAAAAAGACACAGAGUAUAUGGUGGCGAAAAUAGUGAUACGAAGGAUACUUCACUCACUGAUGUUUCGAAAUCCAAGAGGAAAUCCCUUUUCAGAAGACGACACGAUGAAGAAGUUUCUGAAAUGCCUUCAGUUUUGCCUUCUAAGACUUUCAACCGCUCUUUUAAAAAGCAAGAAUAUGCGGUAAGGAGUUCGAAAGUAUUAUAUGAAAAAAGGAAGAGUAGAGGGGAAAAAGACCACUAUGUGGAAUGUUUAAGGAAGUCAUAUUCGAAAAACACCAAAGAUUCUAUCAAGACAUUGAAUUAUACUGAGAAAAAAGUAUCGAAAGUAUUCUAUGAAAAAAGGAAGAGUAGAGGGGAAAAAGACCACAAUGUGGAAUACAUAAGGAAGACAAAUACCAAAAACACGAAGGAUUCGAUCAAGUCAUUGGAUUCUACUGAGAAAAAAUCAUGGGGUGUAUCUCCUUCAGAUCCUGCCAAGAAAAGAGAUUCCAAGAAAAGAGGUGAAAAUGGUGAUUCAGAGCUCCUAAUUGAUCAACCAAAAAGGAGGAAGCUGACAAUUCUCAGAAAUCCAUACGAUCUCUCUAAUAAGCGGCUGGAUGACGGGACAAUAACUGAUGAGGCUCUUCCUUUAAUUCCAGAAAAUGUCAGACAGGAGAAAUCAAAAACAGUGCAAAAGGAUAAGAUGUCAAAGAAUGCUGAGUUUCGAGCCAUACAACCUAGUAAAUCUAUCAUUUCGUUCGUAGAAGAGAAUUUAUUGGGCCGUAGGCGCAUGAUUGAGAUUGAAAGAGCAGGCUACAACACUGACCUCACUUCCCCUUUGGAUAAUAUCCCCUUUUCUAAAAGUGAAGAGAGAGAAAGAAUUGAAGAAAAUAUAUUCAGGAAUAAGUUGACCUUCUUUGCUGCUGCAAAAGUUUCAUCCUCUUUUCCACCUCCUGAUGUGCCAGAGAUUGCAUUUGCUGGAAGAUCAAAUGUUGGAAAGUCAUCACUUCUUAAUGCCCUUACAAGACAGUGGGGUGUUGUACGAACAUCUGACAAACCUGGUCUUACUCAGACCAUUAAUUUUUUUAAUCUGGGAUCAAAGCUAUCUUUGGUGGAUUUGCCUGGAUAUGGCUUUGCUUACGCAAAAGAGGAAGUUAAGGAUGCUUGGGAAGAGUUGGUAAAAGAAUAUGUUUCAACAAGAGUUGGUCUUAGACGGGUAUGCUUACUUGUUGAUACAAAGUGGGGGAUGAAACCCAGGGAUCAAGAGCUCAUUGAUUUAAUGGAAAGAUCUCAAACAAAAUACCAAGUUGUAUUGACAAAGACCGAUACAGUUUUCCCAAUGGAUGUAGCACGUAGAGCAAUGCAAAUUGAAGAGAGACUCACGCGAAACAAGUCAAUUGUGCAACCUCUGAUGAUGGUUAGUUCAAAAUCAGGAGCUGGCAUCCGUAGUUUAAGAUCAGUUUUGGCUACAAUCGCUCGGUUUGCUAAAGUCUAGAUGAGAGUCAACUUGGAAAUACAAUGAAGUCCCUGCUGCAAUUUGGCUCAACUCAACAAACUGAGUAACACAGAAUAUGGUGGGGUAAGCAUAAGCUGAAAGAAAUACGAGGCAUCGUCUUUUUUGGGUUACAAUUCAAAGAUGUGAAGACGAAUAUUCCACAGGAUCAAUGGGCUCAAAAGGGUCAAUCAUGUUGCUUGCUAUGGAUGUUUUGGAAUAUUACCUACUGGCUUGCGGAGUUUUCACAAUCCCUUAACUUUUUCUAUUUGUCCUCUUUUUGCUCCAAUGUAUAAGAUGGUUUUACAAUACCCAUUUAUACCUAGCCCCAAUAUUCAUGACUUUAGGUAGAAGAUUCAAACCACGGGUCUGUUGGUAACUAGCAUGUAUUGCAUAUUGAUUGAGUUAUGCUCGUUUUGUUCACGUUAUUUCGUGAUUAUUGUUUGGAGUAGAUGUCUAAUGUUUUAGAGGGUUUUUAUUUUAUAACAAAUUAAUUUCUGUUUUUCUUCUCUCCAUGCAUUGCUCCUCAUAAAUGGAUGAUGACAUUGACAGUCA